AUGGAUUUAACAUCUACAAAGUCCAGUCAUAGUGUUUCUGAUGUAUCAAAUAAUUCUAGCGUGUCCGCUAAACUAAAGAGAUUACAAAUAGAAGAAAGUCUUCUUCUUCAAAGUAUUACAAAAUGUAUUAGUCAAAAUUUGCAAGCGCCGCAAGAUAUCGACGAUGUCAAAAAAAGUACUCUUGAAUUAGAAAACCGUAUCAAAUCAUUGAAAUCUUAUUUACAGUCCGAAUUAGCUCGCCUUAAGGCCGCUGAAAUAGAAUUAAAUAAAACUGCAAAAGAAGACCAGGUUAUAGUCAAUAACUGCAAAAAGAAUCUUAGAAUUCAAACUGCGAAAUAUAACGAGAUUGUGCCCAGUCCUGUAAAAACUUUGAUAACUUCACCAUUUAAGUGUGAGGAGGUUCAACAAUUCCAAGAGUUUAUGCUGAAUAGUUCGAAUCGAUAUGGAGGGUGGAACGAAUAUCACCAUAACAUAUUCGUAAACCACUGGCAAAAAUACUUUAGCGCUUCAAUAGAUGGCUCACACAAUGAGAAAAUAGAUAAUAUUCAACAUUAUCCAGGGUAUGAUAAAUUUUUGAGCGAAGUUUUACCAAAAUUGCAAGGCAUUCGUGAACAAGAUAUUAUUAGUCACAUUCAAUGGUAUUUAAAGUUCGUUUAUCUUAAGAAGCAACAGCAGAGAGCUAUUGAUCAAUGGCGGUCUAAUAGAAGAAUCAUCAAAUCAGCAACAAAGGAACUGCCACCACACAAGACGAAUGUAAUGGAUAAAAUGAAGACUAAUCGAAGGAAAAGUGCUAACGACAUUAGUUACAACAGUAAGAAUAUUUCGUUCUUCAUAAGAAAAUGUUAUAGCGAAGACAUGACAAAUAUGAAGAAUGUCGAAAAAGUUUUGGAAACUGACGAUGAAACAAUAAGACACUUUCAAAUGGCUACAAAGCAAUGGUGUGGCAGAAUUAAUAGUAAAGAAGUUGAAAAUAAACCAAACACAAAUAGUCUUGAAAAUAUUAAAAAACUGUAA